AUGAUUGGAGUGCUAAAGCAGGCCUGCAGCCAACUCAAGACCCUCUUCCUCGAACAGCAGACCCAAGUCUUGAAACUCUACUUUGCUGCCCACCUAGCCCCGCCUGUUGGAUUUCGUCGUGAUGACCAGACCGACUGUGAGGAGUUGGACCUGAGCAUCGAUGAGGAUGAUCAGUGCUCAUUUGAGGUGAGUGUUCAGGCCUUUCUGCACCCAGCGACUCUGUGA